AUGGUUGACGAGAAGAUUCAAGUUGAAAAUGUCGAGCAUGUCGUCUAUGACAGUCCUGAGAAGGAAAUCGUAGAAUUCAGAGGGUCUGAUGCGCUCCUGGAAGCUGCUCAAAAGGACCCUCCUAAGAUUUUUUCCAAGCGAAUGCUUCAGCUGUAUAUCAUUUGUCUUAUUCCUUUCUUAUGUUCCACCAUGAAUGGUUACGAUGGAAGUUUACUUUCCUCUCUGUUGCUUCUUAAACCAUUUAAUGACACAUUCGGAGCAACUACAGUCGGUAUCAAGGCCGGUCUUAUUUCUGCCAUGUAUCAAAUUGGUGGUGUUGCUACUAUCCCUUUCUUGGGUCCUGUAAACGAUACUUUCGGAAGAAGAUUUGGAAUGUUCUUCGGUUGUCUUAUCGUAGUCAUCGGUACCGUUGUCCAAGCGACUUCGAAAAAUAUUAAUCAGUUAAUGGGAGGUAGAUUUGUUCUUGGUUUUGGCGUUAGUUUUGCAACUGCUGCUGCUCCCAUCUAUGCUAUUGAGAUUUCCCACCCAUCUUACAGAGCAGCUAUCACUGGAUCCUACAACACCCUUUAUUGCUGGGGAUCCAUUCUUGCUACGGUUGUUUUGUUCUGCACUCAAAAUAUCCCUAAUAACAGGGCCUGGAUUAUUCCUACUUAUGUCCAGAUGGUCUGUCCUGGCCUUGUGGUAAUCUUCUCCAUGUUUUUGCCCGAGUCUCCUAGAUGGCUCUACUGUAAUGGCAAGCAAGAAAAGGCAAAGGAAAUCUUAACAUACUACCAUGGUGAGGGCAAUCCAGAAAAUGCCUUCAUUACUUUGCAAAUCCGUGAAUUCGAAGAGCAAUUAGAACUCGAUGGUACGGAUAAGAGAUGGUGGGACUACAGAGCUUUGUUCAGAGACAGAGCCAGUAUUUAUCGUCUUUGUUGUAACCUUGUUUACUCUUGUUUCGGACAGUUGAGUAAUGGUGGUAUCAGUUAUUUCGUUGGUGCUUUCUACCACUCUGCCGGUAUCACCUCCAACAGAACUAUUUUCUCCUACAAUCUUGGUACCGGUUUCUUAUCCUUCAUUCUAGCUUUAAUAGGUGCUCAGGUUAUUCAGCAAAUCGGUCGUCGUAAGGUCAUUCUUGGUUCGCUUGUUGGCAUGACUUUGUUCUGGGCACUGGUCACUAUUUGCGUCGCUAGAUUUGAUGCUUCUGGAGAAAAGACAACUGCUUGGGCUCAAGCUGGUAUUGCCUUUUACAUCUUGUUCGGUGUUGUCUAUGGUAAGUUGAGAUGCUGUCUAUUCCGCCAAGUCUAUAUACUAACUAAAACACAGCCAUCGCGGUUACUCCUAUGCAAGCACUUUAUCCUAAUGAAGUCCUUUCAUACGAAAUGA